UGUAGGUAGGUUAACAUCUUUUGGCGAGAUAUAUCUCGAUGGUCCAGUGAGCUGAUUCUUUGUGAUUGAAAUGACUUAAUAUCCUCCCGACCACAGAGUCCGCGUGCGUGCUUUUGCGUGCGAGAGAGAGAGCGAGAGAGAGCGAGAGAGAGCGAGAGCGAGAGAGAGAGAGGGAGAGAGAGAGGGAGAGGGCGAAUAAGCAACUUUGUUACCAAGCACAGCCGCGUCUCCUCCGGCACCGCGUGGUGAGAGAGAAGCAUUUGGCAGUUAUGGUCGAUCAGCGCUUCUUUCAUCCUCCCCGGUGCAUUAGAGGCGACGAGCGCACUCGCGCUGAAUAGAUUAUGUCUCCUCUUUUCGCUUUGACGGAUUAAAAAUAAAAGAUGCGCUGAAAUACCCCCCCCCAAAAAACAAGCCUACAUCUUCAUCAACGCGCGUGAGAUGACAUUGAGGAUACCUUAGCGGGGACUGUGAGCUCGGCCAACCUUGUUCAGGAAAAUGCCUCUUUGGAUUUCAUAUGUUUUGCUAAGUGCAAUGUCAGUGUGCACUAUUGAGGUGUUUGGCAAUUAUGGAGAAAUAUGUCAAAGACUGUGCGCCUGUGAGGAGAGAGAGGGGAUACUCACAGUGAGCUGUGAGAACAGAGGAGUUGUGAGUAUCUCAGACAUCAGCCCAGUGUACUUCUCCCAGUAUCAUCUGCUGCUUACGGGGAAUCUUUUAAAAACGCUAUCUGCAGAUGAUUUUGUUGAGUUCAAAGGACUUACAAUAUUACAUCUGGGGAAUAAUGACAUAUCGGAGAUUGAAGCAGGAGCUUUUAAUGGACUUCAGGGAUUAAAACGAUUGCAUCUCAACAAUAACAAAAUUGAUGCCUUGAAGGAAGAGUUUUUCUUUGGCCUGGAAAGUCUUGAAUAUCUCCAAAUUGAUUCUAACUAUAUAACUCACGUGGCCCCCAAUACCUUGAGCAGACUUCGAAAUCUGGAGGUCCUGAUUCUCAAUGACAACUUAAUAUCUAGUCUGCCGGUGAACAUUUUCCAGUAUGUCCCACUGACUCAUUUGGAUUUAAGAGGGAAUCAGCUCAAAGUGCUUCCCUACUCAGGUCUGCUGGAGCACAUGAACAGUGUCGUGGAGUUACAGCUGGAGGAGAACCCGUGGAACUGUUCGUGUGAGCUGAUUGCACUUAAGACGUGGCUCGAGAGCAUAUCAUACACAGCUUUAGUCGGCGAUGUCGUUUGUGAGUUCCCUUUCCGGCUUCAUGGGAGAGAUGUUGAUGAGGUUUCCAAACAGGAGUUGUGCCCAAGGAGAGCGAUUGCUGAAUAUGAGAUGCCCCCCCUGCCACAUUUGAUCACCGACGCAUACCAUAGGACCAUGCCGGCUCUGGUCACAGCCUCCUUCACCUCAUCUGGGAUUGCUCGGUCCUCAUCAAGACCCACAAAGGGACCUCGCCAGUCAGGCACAUUAAAAUCAAGGCCCACUGCUCGCAUCCCAUCUAAUAAACCACAAAAUUAUGGGCAAAUUAUUUCAUAUCAAACCAAGUCCCCCGUGCCUUUAGAUUGCCCAACUGCCUGCACCUGCAAUCUUCAAAUUUCAGACCUCGGUCUGAAUGUGAACUGCCAGGAGCGAAAGAUUGAACAUAUCUCUGACUUAAAUCCCAAACCAUACAAUCCCAAAAAGAUGUAUCUAACGGGGAAUUAUAUCCCAGUAGUGCGUCGAUCCGAUUUUAUCGAGGCGACGGGGUUAGAUUUGCUUCAUCUUGGUAACAAUCGAGUAUCUCGCAUACAUGACCGAACUUUUGGUGAUUUGACACACCUAAGAAGACUAUACCUUAACGGGAACUUGAUUGAUCAUCUAACAGCUGACAUGUUUUAUGGACUGGAGACUCUACAGUUCUUAUAUUUAGAAUACAACAUCAUUAAAAAGGUCGGUUCUGACACCUUUCAGCACGUACCCAAACUUCAGCUUCUUUUUCUGAACAAUAACCUCUUAAAAACUUUACCCGUGGGAACAUUUAAUGGCCUGACAUUAGCCAGGCUAAAUCUCCGCAACAACCAUUUGCGAUAUCUUCCCGUCAGCGGCGUGCUAGAUCAACUUACAGCAAUGGUGCAAGUCGAUUUGUUUGAGAAUCCCUGGGAUUGCUCUUGUAGCAUACUGGAGUUAAAGAUUUGGCUGGAGCAGCUCAGCACAGGCACAGUUGUAAACAACGUCAUCUGUGGUUCACCCACAAGGCUAGCUGGGGAGGAUAUGAGGUACAUUAAGACAACAAAUCUUUGCCCGAAUAAUUCUGAUAUACUUGUCUCCAUGAUCCCACCCUCUGAAGAAUCUUUCCCCGGCAGCACUAUCACCAUAGAAACAUCCUUGGACUCUGACACGCAAUACAGCGCCAUUCCUUUAUCUGUGAUGAUUCUUGCCCUUCUCUUCAUAUUCAUUGUGUCUGUGUUUGUGGCUGCAGGAUUGUUCGUGGUAAUGAAAAAGCGCCAUCAAAAGAGUCAAAACGAGCAUAAUAACUCCAUGAAUGCUUGCAUUAGCUCUCUCAACAUGGAAUAUGGCCUUUACAAAAAGGGAUCCAUUCCCAAAGUCAGGACAUCUGCUGGACAUGUAUAUGAGUACAUCCCACCUCCCACAGAAACCACAAGCAGAACAACUGGCCAAACCCCGACAGACAGCAAAUCAGUGGAUGGAUUUAGAGACUUUGAUGAGUUGAGCGGCGCUUUUCUGGCUCACUCGGAUGAAGAGGCGGCCAGUAAUGUUAUAAGCUCGGAAUACAGUGUGACCACUCCAGAGCCCCUCAACAAGCCCUCCAACCCUCACCAAGAUGACCAGUGUUACUAUAGAGAUGUACUUGAGUCCGACAAGCACACGUGCUACAGCAAUACGUUACCACGCAGGCAUGCGGCGCAUUCAUCAAGUCACUAUGCCUCGGACUUUGAUGCAAGGCAUCAAUACAUGCAUCCAGAUAGAAUACAACAGACAAUACUCUAUUGUGCAUCCCCAAGUACUGUGUAUGUGGAGCCCAACAGGAGUGAGUACUGGGAACUCAAAGCAAAGCUUCAUAUUGAUCCCGAUUACCUUGAGGUUCUUGAAAAACGAACAACGUUUACACAGUUUUAAGAGACUUAACCCCUGGACGGUCAGAGUGGAUGCAUUGAUGCAAUCUAUUCAUAUUUUUCAUAUUAUCAGGAAUCAGACCAUGUUUAAAAAAAUCAGGCAGCACUAUUUCAUCAUCUGUAUUAGUACAAUGGAUUGUGAGCUACGGUAUGCAUUUCUGGGAGUCAUUGUUUGACGAAUAAAAGGGAGCGCCACUUGUUUUAAAGUAGCACUUAUCCCUUUACCCCUGUGGUGUCUAACAGAUUGGUUUACAUUUGUUAUUAUGAACAAACAACCAGAAAUAUGAGGCUUCUGUGACUCAUCCCCACAUAAAAUGCCUCCUGGAGCUGUUUCAUUGACAAAUAUGUGAGACUGUGCUUUGACUCUCAAAUUAGCUGCAUUUCAUGGGUGUUAAUGGAGUGUUCAGAUGAUAUUCGUUAUCCUAAACCAGGUCUUUGUUACAGUUUUAUGCAUAUAGCUCCCAGUUCUGUCAAACCUAUUCAAGAUGAAACUCACACAUGAGAUUAAGUCAAAUUCAUGCUGCAAAUUCAUGUGUAACCAUGAAUAUGACCUGCGCUUAGGUGUGGACAGAAGUCACACGAGUUAGGAAACUGUGCUCCUGUGAAAAAUGGGAUUAGAAACAUUAGUGGAGCAGUUUUUCCUCCAUUAUGCACAGCUCUGGGAUGAUAAUAUUAAAUGCAAAUUCCAAAUUACAGAUUAUGAGGUCAGUAAAUCUGUGUUCUCUUGUUGGCAGAUUUGGAGGGAGAAUAACUAAUGUCUCCUAAAAAUAUACUGAACAGAUCUAAUCAGUGGUGUUCCCUCAAAGCCUCCCCAGCUCUAAACCAACUGCAUUUGUUGAUUAUGGACACAUGUUGCAAUUGUAUGAGUUAAAUAUCAAUAUAUUGUAACUUCACUCAGAAACAUUGUAACCAAAAGAUUAUAAUCACAGCGUUAUUAAUUGUAACUGAAAGAAAAUGUACUCAAAGGGUCACAAAUAUGCAUUUUCUGGGAAACACAGAUUGAAAAAGCACUUAAAAAUUGAUCGAGUGUCUGAUUUUAUUUGUAUCAGAUCCAAAGCCCUUCACAUAAAACUCGUUCAGAAUAUAUCCAAAGUUUGACACUGGCAAGGAGUACAUCAAAGCACAUCCCUGUGUUUUAUUGGUACAACUUUUUUUCUUUAUUAUGUCUGCAUACACAAAAAAAUGUCUUCCAGUUGCAAUGCAUUUGAGUAGAUUUGCAAUACGGUAAUAUAUUUCCAUAAACUUCUGUUUGAAAUUCAGAUGAAUUUCAGUCAAAUCUGUUGGGCUCGGGCCCAUAUAAAACAUAUUUUAAAAGAUUGCAUAUUUUUAUACAAACAAAUAUUUCUUUUUUCUUUUCUUAAAAAUGCACUAUUGACUUCUAGAGGUCUGCAAUGAUGUCACUUUCUGAAAUGCACAAUAUGGUAACACGUGAAGUAGGAUUGAUAACUGUAUACAUAAAAGUACCACAAUCAAACCAAAUCUUGCACUAUGCAUAGAUAUAGAGAAUACUUAGACAAUCUGUCUACAAUGCCAACAGCUCAUCCUCUCGGCCACCAACAAUCAUAAACAUAAUAGUUAUCAAUAUUAUCACAUCCCAUAGAUGUUUAUUUGAAAUUUAAAAACCAUGAAUAUUCAGAGGUGCUGAAUAUUCAUGUGCAUCUGAAUAGGAUAAUUCCUUUUUUCUAAAACUUUCUUUUUAAUGACAUGUGUUUUCGGGGAAUACUGAGUGGAUUUUGGUGUAUUACUUUAUUUACCACUCAUUUGGCAUUGUUUGUUUUCAUUGGUUUGGUGCAGGGUUGCAUUAAAUAUGGCAAUUUGACUGCCAAAGUGGUCUCUUUUUCUCUCUUCUUAAGGAGAGGAUUGGUGAAGAGUGUAACAAAUGUAUAAAUGUCUUCAAAGGCUUUAUCCAUGAAAUAUAGAAGAGCACAACAAACGAAUGCUUGUGUGGAUAUAGAGUCGUCUUUAUGCAUAUAACAUGUUAUAUGCUCUAAACUAAUCUAAGCACAUCAUCCAGCCACAAUGCAGUUGAACCCAUUUCUGGGUGAAUAGUAUCAACCCAGAAAUCUGACUUUCCCUGAGAUUUUAAUACACAGAGUAAAUGCACAUCAUAAGCAGUAUUAUGCACUGGACCUGUCAUCUUAACUCAGCUAAUUAGAGGACAUGGUGUAUCUGGACCCUGUCUGCAUGUCACCAUGCAUUACACUGCAGCAUUAGUCAUGCUGCUUAUCAAGUAUACCGUCUUGGUUGGUUGCCUUUCACUUCUACAGAGUCUUUUUGUUAUUAUGUUGUCACUUGACCUGUGUCCGCUCUUUGGAAAUUCAUCAGAACCGAUGACAUGAAAUCGACACAGUGCUGCAUGAUGUAAACCUGCACAGGGUUGUACUUUGUUACGUGUAGGAUUUGUUUUUAUGAAUAUAUUGCUGUGAAAACACUGUAAACCUGCACAGACAGAUUGACACACGUUUUUUUUUAAUUGUGAGUGAGCAGUGGCUGCCAUUUAGUUAAUUGUUUCAGUUCUCAAAAUGAUAGUUAUUUUUUAAAUGUGUAGUAGAUUUUGUGCAACCAAACGCAAUGCAACAGAAAUUAGAGGAAAAUCCACCAAAAAAGAUUUUAUUUGUCAUGAUGUUUCUUUCAAUUUGUGAGAAUCUUGCACAAACAAAUGUGUAAUGGAACACCCUAUUUACUGUAUAUAACAGACAUUUGUAAUAUGUUUUGCUCUUUCUGCUUUUUGUAAUCAACGACCAAAUGUCGAUAUUUCUCACAUGUGAAUCUACAAAUACUGAUAAUCCAAAAAUGUGUUAAAAUGAAAUGUGGCUGUCCUCUGUAUGUAUGGAAAUGUUAUAUUUGCAAAGAAGAAGAGAUCCAGUUAGUGUCUUAUUCUUAUUCAGAAACUGUAUGUUUGCUUCUCUUUGUUUUGUUUUGUUUUCAUAUGAGAUGGUGGUUUUCUAUGUCAACUUCUGAUUUGUAAAUAGAACACUUCAUCAGCGUUUCCAUGCAAACUUGCAUCGGCUCUGAAAAGCAAAAAACCUGGUCUGUUAUUGCAGAAACACAGUACAACUAGGAAUAUGUGGGGUAAAUAUAUCUACAAUGUGCUGUGUCUUUAGUCGUUAGCUGAUGAAUAAAAGAUAUGCAUUCA